GUGAAGGGGCAGCGGAUGAGCUGCCAGCCGCCCUCACGGGCCUGGGGGGAACCUCCCGCUCCCUCGCAGGGACCCCUGGUGCGGAGAGGUGCCCCAGCGAUGGAGCCCACAGGGACAAACCCACAGUGCCCCAGUACAGCCAGGAGCAGCCCAUGCCGAGACCCAGGCUGGGACUGAGCCCUGGACCAGGAUUAGACCCGGAUCAGGGUCAGACCCAGACUGGGACUGAGCCCUGGAUCGGGGUCAGGCUGGGAUCAGUGCCCAGCCCUGGAUCGGGACUGGACCCAGACUGGGACUGAGCCCUGGGCCGGCCCAGACCGGGAUCGGGAUCGAGACCGGGACAGGAGCCCGACCAGCCCCGGGUCAGGACCGAGCCCCGUAUCCAAACCGGACCCACCGGGCCGGUGGCAGGACCCAGAGAGCACCCACGGGCCCGAGCCCCGCCGCCAGUGCGCGCCGGGCCGGGCUGGGCUGGGGCGGGGCGGGGCGGGGCCGGAACGCCGCCGCUUCCGGGGCCGAGGCCUCUUCGGGGGCGGGGCUUCUGCUUCUGCUUCCUACCCCAGCUAUUCUGAUUGGCUGCGGUGCCAGCGCGGCGGGUGAGGUCACGGCGCACCUGGCCGCUUCCCGGAAGUAGGGUGCAGUAUCGAGCCGAGCUCGGCGGCGGCGGGCCUGGUCCGUUCCGGCCCCGCUCCCCCGGCCCGGCAUGCAGGCGGUGGAGCGGGACGGGGCGGCGGGCGGCCCCGAGGGGGCGGCGGGGGGCAGUGAGGCCCCGCCGGAGCCGUCGCCGCCCAAGGCCGCCGCCGCCGCUUUCGACCUGCUGGAGCUGGUGCGGAGCUACCGGCGGCUGGAGCUCUACCUGGAGCCGGUGCGGGACGCUGCCGAGGGCGUCCGCUCCCUCCUCCGGUGGCAGCGGCCCGUGUGCUCCCUCCUCGUCUGUAUCAGCAUCAACUUCCUCUUGCUCACCCUCGGCCAAGCCGCCUGGUACUCGGUGCUUGCCCUGUCGGUGGUGGUGCCGGCCCUGCUGGGCUACCUGCAGGAGACAUGCCAGGCCCGGCCCUCGGAGACGGAGCUGGUGCGCAGAAGGUACUACAGUGUCCGGAGGGAGGACCUGCGCAAGGUGCAGCUCUCGCGGCAGGAGGCCAUCGCCCAGGUCAAGAGCUUCCUCAUCCAGCUGGAGGGGUUCCUGAGCGGGAUGUGCUGUAGCUGCGAAGCAGUGUACCGUGUACUGUACUGGGAGAACCCCACUGUCUCUUCCCAGUUUUAUGGGGCGCUGCUAGGCUCUGUCUGCAUCCUUUACCUGUUGCCCCUCUACUGGGUCUUGGUCAUCCUCAACAGCACCAUCUUCCUGGGAAAUGCCCAUUUCUACCAAGUGAUAAUGGAGCUCAAGGCGUCAGUCGAGCAGUGUGUGGGCACUAAACCCCUCGAGAGUGCUCCAGAGCCUGCCGAACCCCUGCCAGCUGCUCCCCCCCCAGAUCGGACCCCCACACCCACCAGCACAGAGGACCUUACCCCUGGCAGUGUGGAGGAGGCGGAGGAGGCAGAGCCUGAUGAAGAGUUCAAAGAUGCUAUCGAGGAAAAUCAGCUGCUGGUCAUGGAGGAUGACGAGAGCUCUCAGUGCUCAGCAGAUUUUGACCUCAGCCUCCCGGACAAUGGUUUUAUGAGCAAAAAUGAGGUCAUCCGCAGCAAGGUGUCACGUCUGACCGAGCGCCUACGCAAGCGCUACCCCAGCAACAACUUCGGGAGCUGUACGGGCUGCGCAGCCACCUUCUCUGUGCUCAAGAAGAGGCGGAGCUGCAGUAACUGUGGGAACAGCUUCUGCUCCAGGUGUUGCUCCUUCAAAGUCCCAAAGGCUGUGAUGGGAGCCACGGCCCCGGAGGCUCAGAGGGAGACGGUGUUCGUGUGUGCUCUGUGCAACCAGGUGCUCAUCAAAUGACUGAGACAGGCCCAGCCAGCUCCUGGGUCCUGCACUGCCUGACACCUGGGACAGCGAGUGUCCUGCCCUCGCUCACCAGGAGCCUGGGCAGCUUGUUCCCAGUGCGGUGUGACCCUGACAGAGGACGCUUGUGCUCCCUGCCCCUCCUGCCAGCUCCAGGCUGGGGCAGAACAGCCCUUCUUGCACCGCAGCAUCUGCCACACCAGCUGGGUCCCUGUGGUGGAACGUUGCCCACAGCUGUGCCCCCAUCCCUGCAGCUGCUCCAAGUGCUGGAUGCUUCCUGGCACGCACUGUGCCCUGCCGCAUACUUGCCCAGGCCCUGUGGCCUGGCUCAGUGGUGGAGGAGCCAUCCUUUCCACUUGUGGUCCUACCUCUGUCUCCUGGGUGGGGCAGAACAACCUCAGGGCUCUGUCCCUACCUUUCCCAGCACUGUGCUAGGUGACUGUAUUUUUGGGAUCGAGUUGGAGCUCUACUUGCAUUCCCAGGAGAUGUGCUCUUUGAUCCUGGCUCAGCUGAGACCCUGCUAGUCACUCCUGUGCUCCUGGGCCUCACUGCCUGCAGGUUUAGUCUUUUCCUCCCUCACCUUGUAUUUGGCUGUAGUGCGGAGGAGGCAAGAGGGUAAGUUUGGACUGGGCCCUCUGGCCAGGUCUCCAGCUGCAGCGUAAGAAGAGGCACGAGUUGCUGCUGCUCUGUGCACUUAGUGACUGCUGCUUUCUAAUACAGAUUAAUAUAUAAGUGUAUAUAGAGAAUGACCAAUAAAUCUCUUGCCCUCA